AUGCUCACGCAUAGCGCCGGCUUCGACAAUGUUGUACGAGCUGUGGGCGAGUCUGGAAUUAGGGCCUGCCUGGGCAAGUUGGUAAAACCACAGAGGACCGCCGCCGACACUCAGAUUUCCGACGUCCGUGACAGGGAUUUGGCGCAGAUGUCCAUCAAAGCCGCGCUCGCAGCCCACCAAGCCCACAACGGCUCCUUCUCCGACCGGCUCCACGUCUGGAUGGCAGCCAGCACGCCCCGAGGGUCACCGCUCUCCGAGCACCACGCCAUCGGGACCGCCUGCCACGAGCACGGGGCCAACCUGACCAUGCACUGCGCCGAGGCGUCGCGGGACCGGGAGAUCUACCGGGACUGCUACGAGGGCAGGACGCCCGUCCAGUUCUGCGAGGACGCGCGCCUGAUCGACGCAGGCCCGGAGGGCUCCUCCUUCAAGACCGUGCUCGCGCACAUGGUGCACCUGGACGCGGCGGCCGACCUGCCCCUUCUCGCGCGGAGCUCCCGGGGCGUCAGCGUGGCGCACAACCCCACGAGCAACUGCAAGCUCGCGUCGGGCGUCGCCGCGGUCCCGGACAUGCUGGCUGCGGGCGUGAAUGUCAGCCUGGGGACGGACGGCGCGCCGUGCAACAACACCUAUGACAUGUUCCGCGAGAUGCACAUGGCGAGCGUGCUGCAGGCGGGCACGAGGAUGAAGGCCGAUGCUCUGCCUGCCACGACCGUGCUGGAGAUGGCGACUAUCAAUGGUGCGAAGGCGUUGGGCCUGGAUGGGGACGUGGGGAGUUUGGAAGCGGGAAAGAAGGCGGAUUUUGUGGUGGUGGGUGUUCCGAUUAGUGCGGCACCUUUUGAGGAGGCGCAGAUCGUCGAGGGCGGCAUCGGUCCAGUGACCGUGGUGGUGCAUAGCUGUACCGCGGCGGACGUGGAGUCCGUGAUCGUGGGCGGGAAGUUAGUCGUUGAGAAGGGGCAGCUGGUGAACAUGGACGAGGACGAGAUCAAACGCAACGCAACAACAGCUAUCAGAGGCAUAAGAGACAGGUCAGGUGUGAAGGCUCGACCGUUGGCAGGUUGGGUAAUCAGAUAA